AUGCCCGUCACACGCGAUGUCCUUCGAAGGUUCGGCCGUUCUGCCAGGGCAACCCUGCUGGCUGACACCGCAACUUCUGCAGCAGUGAGGGAGAGGGUGGAGGACUUGAAGGCCGGCGAGAGGUGGGCGAAGAACUUCGUGAAGCGCAACAAGAUCCAGAGUGUGAGACUUCAUGGCGAGGCUGGUAUCGUCGACAAGGAGGCCAUCAAGUUCAUCUUCAACGUCGACGAGACAGGCCUCCAGUGGAAGCUCAUGCCCAGGCGCGCGUACCUCUCCACCUCGGAGGAUCGGAAGACGGCGCGGGCCUCAAAGAGCAUGCGNGCCGGCGAGAGGUGGGCGAAGAACUUCGUGAAGCGCAACAAGAUCCAGAGUGUGAGACUUCAUGGCGAGGCUGGUAUCGUCGACAAGGAGGCCAUCAAGUUCAUCUUCAACGUCGACGAGACAGGCCUCCAGUGGAAGCUCAUGCCCAGGCGCACGUACCUUUCCACCUCGGAGGAUCGGAAGACGGCGCGGGGCUCAAAGAGCAUGCACUUCAAGGACCGACUGUCUGCCAUCAUGUGCUGCAAUGCCGACGGCACUGCGAAGGUUGACAUGGCCAUCAUCGGGAGGGCAAAGGAACCACGCUGCUUCGAGAACGGGGGUUCACCUCUGAAGUACUUCUCGCAGGCCAACGCGUGGUCCGACUCCGCGACGUUCCUCACGUGGUGGCUUGUAGUCUUCCUCCCGUUCGUUCGGCGCUUCACUCACAAACCUGUGCUGCUGCUGAUGGACGGCUGUUCGUCUCACAGUGAUCUAGUGGAUGAUCGCGGGCAAGUUACCGUCAAGACCUACCCUCCGCUGUGCACCGCCGUACACCAACCCAUGGAUUUGGGGGUCAUCGCCAAGACGAAGGUCAACUACAGGAAGGAGCUGCUCGAUGUGAAGACAUCAACCAUGUUGGUGGCUGACACACUUCGCGCCCAGGCCAAAGCCCGCAAGAUGAAGGCCGGGACAAUGGGGCUAGCGCAAGGGCACCAACCUCACGUGCGGGACGCCGCUGAACUUCUCCAGAAAGCAUGGGCCAGCGUCACCGCCCAAGACAUCGCCAGGUGCUUUGUCAAAGCCGAGACGCUUCCGGAGGAGAUGGCGGCUGAGCUCACCAAGCAACACGGAAAGACCCGGUUCAACGUCGCCAAGCCUGACCUGAAGGCUCUCGCAGAGACUGUCAAAACGUUGAGCACGAGCGUGAAGGACGCGCAGAAGCAGGGAUCCCGCGUCGUGGACGAGGAGAUCAGCGAACUGUUGGCAGAACUCAACAUCGAACCCAGAAAGCCGGUCGCGGGGGAAGCGGUGGCCGCGAUUCAGGGGUGGGCUACCAUCGAGGACGACGAGGAGGCGGUAGAGGCUCUUCGAUUGGACGCGGUGGAAGACAUGACAGCACUGCUGGCUGGAACGAACUUGUCUACCGGCGGCGGCGACGAGGAGGUCGAACAGGAGCAGGGCGGCGGCGGUGAGAACACGGGGCGCGAGCGCCGUGCCCCACGUGCGCCACCGGGUUAUGAAGAACUGUCGCCUCACUUCGGCGCCCUGGAAGUGGCAGCAGAGGACAGUGGCAACGGAGGCGCGGCGUUCUACCUAACGAAAGCGAAGAUGUCGAUGAUCGCAGCGCAUUCCGCUAGGCGGGUGCGCCAGACAGACAUUAGAGGAUUUGUCGCGACGUAGAGUUCAUGGUUGCUUCUUUUUCUUGCGGUUCGCUUCCUGUCGUGUACUUGUAGGUAUUUUUUCUUUUUCUUGCAACAUCGAAGCGGGUACGCCAGGCAGACACUCCAGUGUCGCGACGUAGUUUGGGGGGGGGGUACAACUGCAGUACAGUAGUAUUGAUUUUUUUUUUCUUGCAGUGCGCUUCCUGUCGUGUUUCUUUUUCUGUUUUGUCUUUUGUAUCUUGCAACAUCGAAGGAGGGGCUCUAGGGCUGAGAGAUAGCUACGUCCACUCUGUACGAACGGGAGCUUAAC